UCGGACUUUCGACACUUUUGUGACUGCGGGGUGCUACGAGGUGCUGCGUUCGCGGGUGGGUUCGGGUCCCCUCCUGUAGGUCCUCCCGCGGGGGCCCGCUGCUUGGGGGUGGUGGGGGUGGGACAAAACACCUUCCUCUGCGGCCUAGUGGCGCCGGGAACGUAGACUCGGCGACCACGGGGGCCGAGCGCCCGACCGGGCCUCGGGCGCCUCGCCUCAGGCCGGUUCCGGGUGUCUGGUCAGUCUCAGGGCGUUUGGCGAUGGGAUUCUCGGGUCUUGUACUUAAGCUUUGAAAAUGGGAGACGUCACAGUUUUGCUUUUCCUGGAGACAAGGGGAGAAUGAUACCGCCUAACUUACUGGAUUGUUGUGAGGAGUAAAUGGCUUCAUUUGUGCAAAGGUGCUUAAAAUAGUACCAGGCGCGGGGUAAUCUGCACAGUGUAAAGAUAGCUAUUAUUACUGUUGCUAUUUCUAACUAGGACAGCACUUUUUCUUCAUUGAUUAGCCUUGGUACUGGCUGUUGUCUUUUGAAUUUUAGUGCUAUUUAUCAGUUCUCUUUGUAAUGGAUGACUUCUGUAUUUUAGGAGGGAAAUAAAACAUUAUGGAAAAGAGCCUAUCCCACAGCAAAGACUAAAAGUGGUUUGUGUAGUGUCUUUGAUGCUCAGACUCACAGAGUUUUAAAAUCCUGGGGAUUCCUUUUUUCUAUUAUUUUUACUUUUUUUUUAGUGGGAGGAGAAGCUUGAGAAACAGGAGGAGCAUCUAACAGUGAAGAAGGAUAAGGACCCUGGUGUAAGCAGACAUUGCUGUUUUGCUCGGUGCUGCGAACCUGCCAGCUUUCUGACCCUCAGCAAGAACCCUCACAAGCUUGAGACUCACAUGGAUGGCUGAUAGAUAGAACUGAUGAUAGGUAGAUUGGUGGUAGAUUAGAGAUAAUUAGAUCUGAAACUGAGUUCACAACUAAUACCCUUUGUUCUUUUCACAGGUUUUUAAAGCUAAUAUUGACCAUACACAGUUUACCAUUGUCAUUGAGUUGAUGCCUCUUGUGGUCUUUGAAAGUCCUUUCAUCUUCCUUUUUUUUCUUAAGGAAUUUGGAUCUUUAACCUCCUCAGGGUGUUCAGGGAUCCCUGUAGCAUUCUUUUCUCUGUUUGUAACUUAACAAAAAAACAAAAACAAAAACCUUGUCUUUGGUUUACUUAUUUGGCAAACACUCUUGGCAUGUUGGUAACCAGCCUUCUGGUCCUGUACCUUUGUACUCUGCCCAGUUGGUGAGACUCCAGAUAGGAGAGCUGACGAAACGUGAGUGCGUGAAAUGGUUAUUAAGAAUGUAUCAGUGUUCGUUUUUCUCCCUACAGCCUCUCCCAAGAGCACCACCCCCAUCCAGCCUCAACUCUACUCUUGCCUCCCUUGACCCCAACAAAAUGCUUUGGACUAUACUCAGGAAAAAAAAAAAAAGAUAGAAUUUUGUUUGCUAUUUAAAAUUACAUUAGUAAAGACUUAAAUGUGAGUCAGAGAGAAACUUCAACUCACCUGCAAUAGUGAAUGCCCAUCAUCCAGCCGUAAUCUUGUAGUCAUCUCUAGUCAUGCUUUUCCAGCCUGUCCCCGUUCUGCCCGUUCCUCCAUUUGUCCUCAUCUCCCCCCCUUUUCCUCCCUUUUCCUGCUCUCCUUCCCUUCCUUCCUUUUAUUCUUUUUACAGCAAACUAGAGUCCAAGACAACAGAUCCCUUCAUCUGCAGGCACAGCAGUGUGUUAUAAAGUAGGAACUUUAAGUUAGACAUACUAUCACUUACAGAAUUGACAGUAAUUCCUUAAUAUUGUAUUCGUGCUUUCCUGAUUGGCCCGUAAGUGUCUUUCACAGUUAAAGCAUACUGUGUUUAAACUACAUAGCAUGCAUAGAACCGUUGUCCCUUGUAAUCCACAUUAGUCCACCUUCCUUUUGCUUUCCUCUUUAAAAGUAACAUUUAUUUGUGGGAGAACUUGGGUUUUCAGUAUUCUCACAUCAGCUGCUUUUAUUCUACUGACACUUUUGGAAAAAAAAUCUUAUCUUUAGCUUCUUAAUUCUCAAACUUGGCAUUUUGGAUCACACAGUAAGUUCUCAGAUACUGAGGCCUGUGACCCACCCCCAGAGGCUAGUUCAAUUCACCUUGGCUAUACAACUAUUAGGAGGCUUCCCAGUGGUUCUGUUUCAUAGAAUAACUUUAAUACUUUUAAUAUGUUCUUGUGUUUUUACCUGUACAUGAGUUCAUGGAUAUAGAGGCUUGAUUAAAUUUAGGUUUACUUAUUUGAAUAAAAUUAUAUUAUUUCAGAUCUCUGUGACAGCUAACUAGGAAAUAUUUUCUAAUUCUUUGUAAGAGUUGAUUUAAUCCUCACCCACGUGUGAUGGUUCACAACAGUACUUUCAACUCUUGGGAGGUGAGGCAGGAAGAUUGCCAAGAGGAAAAAGAAAAAACAAAAUUAAUGAAUCAAGUUUACUGAACUUCUGUCACCUAUGUUAUCCCAUAAAUCGUAGAAAAUUGGAGUGAGAAAUAGAAAUUCAAGUGGGCAUAGACUUGGAACUGUCUUUCCCUUAGUAAUUCUAGCUUGCCUGUUCUGAUCUCAUCUCACUGUGUAAAGAGGGAUAUACUGCCAUUUCAGUGUACCCACAGAACUUUGCAGUCAGUCCUAGUUUAAAAUCUAGCUUGAAUCCUUCUGAUUCAAAGGAAUCAGAUCUUCUGUCCCUUUUAAGGUGCCUCGGAUUCUCAGCUUCUGGGAAGCUGUGAAAAACUGAGGCACUGACUAGUUAAUAUGUGACAUUUCCAGGGUCAUACAUCUGAUAAUGAUAGGGAAAGGACAUUUGUAAAUGUUGUCUUAUUAUAGUGGCCAUGUUCUAACUCAGAUGGGAUUCUCAACCAGCCUUCUCUGUCAUGCAUGAUGCCAACUUUAGCUCCCUGUGAGGCAUAUUGGGCAACUACUGAAUGCCCAUUUAACACUUACAGCUUUUGAGGUUACACAGUGAAAGAAAGUGAGGGUGCUUCCUUUACUCAUUUUGUAUGGGUCAGAGAUCUCCAGUACAUCUGCCUAUCCAUCACCUGUCCAUUGUCCAACCAUGGAAAUAAGCUUGCCUGUCUGUGUCCUCUGAAGGCAGUCUUUGUCCUUAACUUCUUACCUGCUCUAAGUUUUCUAUAAGCUUAUAACACUGAGAUGUAUCAGCCAGUUUUCCAGUUUUGAAGUUUUAUAUUCGUGUGUAAAACAUUUGUAUAUGGUGUAUGUUUGUGUUCUGAUGUUUGUGCAUGUAUGUAUACUGGUACAUGCACACAUGUGUGAACAUGGAAGCCAGAGAUCGGUAUUGAAUGUCUUCUUCUAUUGCUUUCCACCUUUAUUUUUAUUUAAUUACUUAUGUUUUGGAGACAGGCUCUCUCACUGUACCUAGAGCUCACUAGUUGGGUAAGAGUUGGUUAACAAACUCUAGGGAUCCUCUCAUCUCUACAUCCCCAAGGUUGGAAUUACAGAUGCUUGCCACAAUUUUACACAAUUGCUGAGGAUCUGAACUCAGGUCCUCAAGCUUGUGUAGCAGGUACUUUACUGACUAAGCUGUAGUCCUAGCCUCUACAUUUGGACUUUUGAAAUAGUGGUUUAUAGUACCCAAGGUCACAUUUAGCAACUGGAGGUGCUAUUGUCACCUAGUGGGCAGAGACCAGGAGGGCUGCUAACCAUUCUGAUACCAUUCUGGUAGUCCCCUCUUUUUUAUACCAUAGAGGUAACCUCACUUAAAUGCCUGAAUUUGAGAAAAAUCGCCUUGGAAUGAAUUUUAGUAAAAAGGCAUUUGCAUUUAUUUAGUCUUUUCUCUUACACAGUAAUUAUUCUCUUUCUACUAUAUAUUAAUACCUGAGAAAUAGGAAAACAAGGUGAGGACAGCUGUUUUCAAGAAAUUCACAAUCCAGUGAGAUAGACUAUUUUUUUAGAAAGAUUGUUUUAGUAUAUAUAGGGCCUGAAUUGCCCUAGAUUUCGCUAUGUAGACCAGGCUGGCAUUGAACAUGCAGCUGUACUCCUGUCUCUGCCUGAUGAGUGGCUGGGAUUAUAAGUAUCCUCCAUCAAGCCUGGCUGACAAGUUUUAUUUGACAUUUCCCAAAGUUCCAGCAGGGGGUUGUAUGUUUACACAUGCCCUGGUUAGGAAUUUUAGAUCACUGUCUGAUUGAAGCUUGGGAAAAUAGGGUAGGGAAAGCAUUCCUGUGUGUUUACUCUGCUGGAAAAAAAAAUAUUGCUAAUAGCUGUGAGGAUAGAGAGACAUUGCAGGGUAGAACAGAUUGGAGUAAAUGAUCCAUGUUGAAACUGAGAAGAGGCAGUUACAAGAUUAUGAGGAUGCCUACGGGUAGAGCUGCUGCAUGUAGAGAAUGCUGCAAUGGGAAAGUGUGAGAGAGCAAGAGAAUUAGCUUUGUUUGAAGCAUAUUGACUUAGGUUUGUUUGUAAAAUUUCCACUUAGAAAUAUCUGGGCAGCAACUCAAGAUAGGGUUCAAGAGUCCUUAUCUAAGAAAUAGGAACUACAUAAAAUCUUGCAAGGGACUCAAGAAUAUGGGGUGGGGGGUCAAGAACAUAAUGCCAGAAUAAGUAAGAAUCCCAUUCUUACUUAGGAGGAGAAAGGCCAGUAAACUACUGUGAUGUUAAUGCACUACUUUAUUGGUUGAUAAUAAUAUACUACUCUCCACAUGCUAACCAUUGUUCACAGUGCUCACAACAUUUCUGUUGUCCCUAACCUGCUAACAUGAGGAAAUCAGGGCACAGAGAUGUGUGAUUUACCAAAGUUACCCAUUUGGCUUGAGUCGAACCAGAAUUGAGACCAGGAAUCCUAGCUUGGGAGUCUACAUACCUAAUCAGACUGAAGGAGGGCAUUGACGAGAAAAUAAGGAGGCAACAGAAGGAAAAAGGUCCAUAACCCAGGGAUGAAAUAAAAACAGUAACUUCGGCCUGGUUACCUGAGCAGCCAUGGAACGUAGGAACUGAAAGAAGGUUUUUUGGCUACCAAGGUGUAUGGUAUACAUCUCUAUUGAAACCUUGGCAGAAAACUAGAGUUGGAGUCUGGAGGGCUUUGGCCUUGAAGCGUAGCCAACUGAAUAAAUAGGACCUUGCCCUCAUGGAACUUUUCCUAUUUUCUAGAUGCAGAACACAAGAUUUCUGUUUAUGAUGCUAGCUUGACAAGCUUAAGUCUGCAUGCACCUCAUUGUUACUUUACACUAGUGCACAUUCUUUUCCUAAGCAAACCACAUUUUUCAUUUACUUUUGGUGUCUCCCUGUGGAUUUGAAUAAGAGCAGUGAACACUAGUCAUGGCACAGCCUGAAUGCUCUCUCCUGUUUGGAAUUUCUUCUGCUAAAUUACUCCAUUUUUUUUAAUUGACUCUGAAGUUCUCUUAGCAAGGACAGAAUGCAGCCAGAUACUUUGCCGGGAUGUAAACAUAAACAGAUUUUACCAGCUAGGCCUCCACUGCUCACUUAUUUCUGGCAUUCUGGAAUUCCAAACUCCCACCAGAAUGGCCUGUUAAGCUUUACUUGUAUCCAUAGGGUCGUACCCUACAGCUGCAAACUCUUCUCUCCACAAACCAAUCUAUAGUUGUAAGAAACACGGGGUCACGUUUAUCACAGCAGUGGCCUCUGCUCUGGACUAGUUACAGUAGUUACUUUCUUGUUGCAAUGACAAAAUAUCAAAAGAAGCAGACAAAGAACAAGUUUAUUUUGGUUGGCCGUUUGAGGGUACAAUCCAACAUAGAAGCAUAAACUCAUAUUCUGUCUAGUGAGGAAGCAGAGAGGUUCGCUACUGCCCCACUUGCUAUCUCCUUGACUGGGACCGGAAUCCACGGAAUGAUGCCACCCACAGUCACAUAUGAUUCUAAAUCCCCCAAGAUGGUACAGAGACAUUUGAACGUGGGGAUCUCCUCAGCUGCUCCUUGGCAGUUUCCUUGGGGUCCUGGGCCUAGGAGGAGGGGAGCAUUUGCAACUAUAGUGGCUUAUAGUUAUUUCCACCUCUCAGUAGUCUUUUACAGAAAUACAACUCACAACUACAGUAAACGGGAGAACUGCUUGGUUCGGGAUGGCUAGAGAAUCAAGGGAAAGCACAACCCUGGACUCACACUCUGCAGAGGACCAGAUGGAGCUCCUGGUCAUAAAGGUGGAACAAGAAGAAGCCUCUCCCUUGGCAGAGGAGGCCAGUUGGCUGGGCAGUCCUGGGCCCGACCGCUCCCGCCAGCGUUUCCGCGCUUUCCGCUACCCAGAGGCAGCCGGGCCCCGGCAGGCGCUGAGCCGGCUCCGCGAGCUCUGCAGACAGUGGCUGCGGCCAGACAUGCACAGCAAGGAGCAGAUCCUGGAGCUGCUGGUGCUGGAGCAGUUCCUGACCAUCCUGCCAGGGGAGCUGCAGGCCUGGGUGCGAGAGCAGCACCCCGACAGCGGGGAGGAGGUGGUGGCGCUGCUGGAGUACUUGGACAGGCAGCUGGAUGAGACACCUCCACAGGUUCCAGAUGACGACGAUGGGCAGGAACUCCUUUGCUCCAAGGCAGUACUGUUCACAUCAGCUCAGGGCUCAGAAAGUAGCCAGAUGGAGCCCAUGGAGCCUCUGCUUAAGCAGGCGUCUUUGAGAUCCCUGCCCUCAGAAGUCAGAGUCACCCAGGGGCACUGUGGAGAAGAUGGAGUGACAGCUACUAGGCUCACAUCAGAGCUGCAGGGGUUGCUGAAAAUGGAAGAUGUAGCCCCAGUCCUUUCCCCCAGAUGGGCAGAGCAGAGUUCAUCUCAUUUGAACCUCUACAAAGAUGAGAUGCAGGAAAACGCUGGCAGCCUGGUUUCCCUGGAUCAGGACAUGCAGACUAAGGUUAGGGACUUGCCUCGAGCUGAAGAAUACAGGGAACAAAAGCCUGAGCAGACAGUGUGCUUCCUGGGUGAAGACACUGUCCAGACUGCUACAGGUGCAGAAGCCAGUGAGCAGGAAGGCAAGUUACAGACAACACAGAAGAACACCACAGGAAACAGGCGGUUCUAUUGCCGUGAAUGUGGGAAGAGCUUUGCUCAGAGUUCAGGCCUAAGUAAACACAAAAGAAUCCACACUGGAUUGAAACCCUAUGAAUGUGAGGAGUGUGGCAAAGCCUUCAUUGGAAGCUCAGCUCUCAUUAUUCAUCAGAGAGUUCACACUGGUGAGAAGCCAUAUGAGUGUGAAGAAUGUGGUAAGGCCUUCAGUCACAGCUCAGAUCUCAUCAAGCACCAGAGAACCCACACUGGGGAAAAGCCCUACGAGUGUGAUGACUGUGGGAAAACCUUCACUCAGAGCUGCAGCCUCCUUGAACAUCACAGAAUUCACACCGGGGAGAAGCCAUACCAGUGCAACAUGUGUCCCAAAGCCUUCAGGCGUAGCUCACAUCUCCUGAGACAUCAGAGGACCCAUACUGGGGAUAAAGAUUUUUUUGUUCCAGAGCCUUACUGGGAAAGUCAGAGUAGGGUGGAAAGCCAUUGGGAAAAUAUUGAAACUCCUGUGUCUUAUCAGUGCAAUGAUUGUGAGAGAAGUUUCAGUAGGAUUACAAGCCUUAUUGAACACCAAAAAGUACACACUGGUGAGAAGCCCUUUGAGUGCCAAACCUGUGGAAAAGGCUUCACCCGACCUUCAUACCUUAUUCAACAUCAGAGAAGACACACAGGGAAGAAAACUUCUGUCACAGUGACCCCUGCUGUACAUUCCGAAGUUGGUGUUCAACUGUCAUUGAACUGAAGCUACUCUGGAGUUCUUUUGUUUUUUGGUUUUUUGGUUUUUUUCAGUCUGGAGUUCUUAAUGACUACAGAAGUCAUAGACUGAGGCUCUAUUUGAUAAUGUACAUCCUCAGAUAUUAGGAAUCUGGCUAAGGCUUAUCUUCUACAUUCUAGAAGGUGACUAGAAAAAAAAACAACUUAUUUCAUGAAAGAGUUGUCUGCAAGAGUUCUCACCCACUGGAAUUAAAUGGGCUUCCUGACUAUCAAAUUGCCUUCCCUUGGCCUGCACUUCAUGUCUCUUGAGGGAAUGGUUAUGUUUCGGGGGUGUUACUCUGAUCCUUCAUUAGGCUAAUGAGCCCGUCACAUGUGGUCAGACUUGGAACUCUUAUGUCCUGCUUUGUGCCUUGUAUACAGGUGCUAAUAAACAUUUAUUAAAUAUACUGGUGAGAUUUCCUACAUAGCUCUGAAAACCCAUUAUCUGGAAAUUCUCACCAAGGCCAUUUGUAUAUCUUUAAAAAAAAAAAAAAGAUGAUGUUUUAGAUUGAAUCAAUGUAGUACUGCUUUGCUUUUGUUUUUUGGCCAAGUACCCCAACUUGGCAGGGCAGAGGUGAAGGUAAGGUUACUGUGCUAGAAUCCUUUAAUUCUUUACCUAAUUUAGGAAUUCUGUGAGAGUGCCUUAAACAGCUUUCUUAGCAUUAAGUCAUUGUGAAUGUGCCACCCAUGGAAUUCCACUAAUAUUUUUUUCCUGUUAAUUUUGUUACUCUUGAGAGAACAAAAAAGAAAAACUUUAAAGAAAAAAAAACUUUCCUACUCAUGUAGUGUAAAAACCAGUUUCAGAAUAAAGUGAUCAAUGUCUAAA